CGGCGGUGACCCCGGGCCCCGGCCGCCACCAUGGGUUUCGAGCUGGAUCGUUUCGACGGCGACGUGGACCCGGAUCUGAAGUGUGCGUUGUGCCACAAGGUCCUGGAGGACCCGCUGACCACGCCGUGCGGCCACGUCUUCUGCGCGGGCUGCGUGCUGCCCUGGGUGGUGCAGGAGGGCAGCUGCCCGGCGCGCUGUCGCGGUCGCCUGUCGGCCAAGGAACUCAACCACGUCCUGCCGCUCAAGCGCCUCAUUCUCAAGCUGGACAUUAAGUGCGCGCACGCGGCGCGUGGCUGCGAGCGGGUGGUCAAGCUGCAGGAGCUGCCCGAGCACCUGGAGCGCUGCGACUUCGCGCCCGCGCGCUGUCGCCACGCGGGCUGCGGCCAGCUGCUGCUGCGGCGCGACGUGGACGCGCACAUGCGCGACGCGUGCGACGCGCGGCCCGUGGGCCGCUGCCAGGAGGGCUGCGGGCUGCCGCUGACGCACGGCGAGCUGCGCGCGGGCGGCCACUGCUGCGCGCGGGCGCUGCGGGCGCACAACGGCGCUCUACAGGCCCGCCUGGGCGCGCUGCACAAGGCGCUCAAGAAGGAGGCGCUGCGGGCCGGCAAGCGCGAGAAGUCGCUGGUGGCUCAGCUGGCCGCCGCGCAGCUGGAGCUGCAGAUGACCGCGCUGCGCUACCAGAAGAAGUUCACCGAGUACAGCGCGCGCCUCGACUCGCUCAGCCGCUGCGUGGCCGCGCCGCUCGGCGGCGGCAAGGGUGAAGAAACAAAAAGCCUGACUCUUGUCCUGCAUCGGGACUCUGGCUCCCUGGGAUUCAAUAUUAUCGGUGGCCGGCCCUGUGUGGACAAUCAAGACGGAUCGUCCAGUGAAGGCAUCUUUGUAUCCAAAAUAGUUGACAGUGGGCCCGCAGCCAAGGACGGAGGCCUGCAAAUUCAUGACAGGAUUAUUGAGGUCAACGGCAAAGACUUGUCCAGAGCAACUCACGACCAGGCUGUGGAAGCUUUCAAGACAGCCAAGGAGCCCAUUGUGGUGCAGGUACUGAGGAGGACACCUCGGACCAAAAUGUUCACUACCCCCUCCGAGUCUCAGCUUGUAGACACAGGCACCCAAACCGACAUCACCUUUGAACACAUCAUGGCCCUGACAAAGAUGUCUUCUCCCAGCCCACCUGUGCUGGAUCCCUAUAUGCUGCCUGAGGAGCACCCCUCAGCCCACGAGUACUAUGAACCAAAUGACUACAUGGGGGACAUCCAUCAGGACAUGGACCGGGAAGAGCUGGAGCUGGAGGAGGUAGACCUCUACAGAAUGAACAGCCAGGACAAGCUGGGUCUCACUGUGUGCUACCGGACCGAUGACGAAGAUGACAUCGGGAUUUAUAUAAGCGAGAUUGACCCCAACAGCAUUGCAGCCAAGGAUGGGCGCAUCCGUGAAGGAGACCGCAUCAUCCAGAUUAAUGGGAUAGAGGUUCAAAACCGUGAAGAGGCUGUGGCUCUCCUGACCAGUGAGGAAAAUAAGAACUUUUCAUUGCUGAUUGCAAGGCCUGAACUCCAGCUGGACGAGGGCUGGAUGGACGAUGACAGAAAUGACUUUCUGGAUGACCUGCACAUGGACAUGCUUGAGGAGCAGCACCACCAGGCCAUGCAGUUCACGGCCAGUGUGCUCCAGCAGAAGAAGCACGAGGAAGAUGGUGGGACCACAGACACAGCCACCAUCCUGUCCAACCAGCACGAGAAGGACAGCGGGGUGGGGCGGACCGACGAGAGUACCCGCAACGACGAGAGCUCAGAGCAGGAGAAUAACGGUGAAGAGGCCACUGCAUCCUCCAACCCGCUGGCGGGCCAAAGGAAGCUGACCUGUAGCCAGGACACCCUGGGCAGUGGUGACCUGCCCUUCAGCAACGAGUCUUUCAUCUCGGCCGACUGCACAGAUGUGGACUACCUGGGCAUCCCUGUGGAUGAAUGUGAGCGCUUCCGCGAGCUGCUGGAGCUCAAGUGUCAGGUGCAGAGCGCGAACCCCUACAGCCUGUACUACCCCAGCAGCCCGCUGGACCCAAGCAAGAGCGACCCCGAGAGCGUGGACAAGGAGCUGGAGAUGCUCAACGAGGAGCUGCGCAGCAUUGAGCUGGAGUGCCUGAGCAUCGUGCGCGCGCACAACAUGCAGCAGCUCAAAGAGCAGUACCGGGAGUCCUGGAUGCUGCACCACAGUGGUUUCCGCAACUACAACACCAGCGUGGACGUGCGCCGCCACGAGCUCUCGGACAUCACCGAGCUGCCCGAGAAGUCGGACAAGGACAGCUCGAGUGCCUACAAUACCGGGGAGAGCUGCCGCAGCACCCCUCUCACCCUGGAGAUGUCCCCGGACAACUCCCUGCGGAGGGUGGCCGAGGGCAGUGGAGGCAGCAGCGGAGGGGCCACGGCCAGCAGCGAUAUGUACGGGCCGUCCCCCAAGAAUCUGCUCGCCAUCACCGAGGAUCCAGAAGUGAGCGCCCCCAACUACAGCCAGUCGGCCAAGGAGCUGGACCCCAGCCAGGGCCCGGAGACCAAAGAGCGCAGAGCCAGCGACGGCAGCCGGAGCCCCACGGGCGGCAGUGGCAGCACCUACCUGGCCUCCAGGUACCACCACUCCCCGUACAAGCACGCCCACAUCCCCGCGCACGCGCAGCACUACCAGAGCUACAUGCACCUGAUCCAGCAGAAGUCGGCCGUGGAGUACGCGCAGAGCCAGAUGAGCCUGGUGAGCAUGUGCAAGGACCUGAAUUCGGCCAGCUCGGCCGAACCCAGGAUGGAGUGGAAGGUGAAGAUCCGCAGCGACGGCACGCGCUACAUCACCAAGAGGCCCGUGCGGGACCGGCUGCUGCGCGAGCGCGCGCUGAAGAUCCGCGAGGAGCGCAGCGGCAUGACCACGGACGACGACGCGGUGAGCGAGAUGAAGAUGGGGCGCUACUGGAGCAAGGAGGAGCGCAAGCAGCACCUGGUGAGGGCCAAGGAGCAGCGGCGCCGGCGCGAGUUCAUGAUGCAGAGCCGGCUGGAUUGCCUCAAAGAGCAGCAGGGCGCUGACGACCGGAAGGAGAUGAACAUCCUGGAACUGAGCCACAAAAAGAUGAUGAAGAAGAGGAAUAAAAAGAUCUUUGACAAUUGGAUGACCAUCCAAGAACUCUUAACCCACGGCACCAAAUCGCCCGAUGGCACGAGGGUGUACAACUCCUUCCUGUCGGUGACUACUGUAUAACUGCCUCCCCCCCCCCAACCUCCUCCUCGGCGUGGUGUACGUAAGAGAGACCUCUACCGUUGGGGUAGACAUCCCUGCCUCGUUCAAUGUGGCAAGUUUUUGUAUAUAGGAUAAGCACGACCAUCAUGUUGAUAGUUCAAAUCGGGUCCCCCUCCUGCGCCUUUGGGUGUGGCUGGUCUGUUUUUAGUGGAAGGGGGGUUACACCCUCACUGUCUUGGAAGGCAAUGUUAGCAAGCAGCUUUUUCAAAUAACAGUUGUACUUUUUUACUUGUUACCUUUUUCAUAAAGUGUUUAAAUUUCAAAAAGAACUUUUAUUAAGCAUACUUUCACAGAAUAAUUUGUUGAAACUAUAUUCAUAUAAAAAGAAAGUUAAACACGCUCCCUCUCCCACCCAAACACGAGUACACCGGGCAGUAUGUAUUUUAAUGGAAUCCUGUUUUAUAACAUUCUUUGCUGAGUUUCAUACAACGGCCACCACUGACAUAGUACACCGCUCAAGGUUUCAAGUCAAAUGCACCAGACUUUGGCUUGCAAUUUCAUACACAUAACCACCGAGCCAGCAGUGUUUAGAGUUGGCAUAGCGAUUUUAACAUUAUUUUCUGGUUAAAGUUCCCCAGAGAGUGGCAAGGUUUUAACAGAAAGCAAAAUCUGAUGCAGCUUUAGAUGUCUGGAGCAUGUUUGCAAAUACUGCGGGCUAUUGGACGAAACUGCAUGUACAGGAAAGUUGUCGAUGGAGACAGUGUGUGGAAUUUUAAGUGCUCACUGUAGUAAGCCUUUGCUUUGUAGGAUUAAAGGUAGACUUAUCUGAGCAAGUUCACAGAAUCAUGAUUAGUUAUAAACAUUGAGUAAAAUGAAGUUAAAAUAAAUUAUUAUUUUCUAUUUGA